AAUCACCUCUGGGUCUUUUAUUUUUUGCUAAACAAACCAAAAACAACUAAAAUUUUGAAAAGAAAAAAAAAACGUUAUUUUAGUUUCUGUUAUAAAAGUUUGUAAAUAAGUUAUUUUUCUCCUUCACUGAAGUGUGCUAAUGAGGCUGCAGUGAUGGGCACUGAUAGGCUGCAGUGAUGGGCACUGAUGAGGAGGCACUGGUAGGUGGCACUGAUGGGCUGGCACUGUUAGGCGGCACUGACUGGCACUGUUAGGC